UUAUUCCGUGGCGCGAUUGCUGAAAACUGUGCAGAUGUGUUUAAACGCCUUUAAUGGUCAUAAUUCUGUCCAUCUGUACGAUAGAACUUGCCUUGGUUCAAAAUCGAAAUACUUGUUCAAUAAGUGCCUAGAAUUAGUGUCUUGGGUAUGUCUAUACGUUAGAACUUUUAAGUUUUUCUUUAUACAUACAGAGCCGCGUGUGAAUUCUAAACUACACGGUGUGUGCAGAACUGCAAAAAGUAUCAUCAUAAAUACCUAAUUUGAGAUAUUUUGAUAAGGGUUCUUUUUGCUAAAUCGAAACUGGGAAGAUUCUGGGAACUGGAGCGUAAUGGCGGGAAAUGGCGAGAAACGAAGCGAGCCGCCCUUGAAGCGCUUCAAAAAAAUGCCGGUUUAUGUAGUGGAGGAACACAACGAUGCAUUAAAGUUUGUUUAUUCUGCCAUCGGAGGGAAAAAAUUACCAUUGGAAGGAACGACGCUACUUCACUUUGACGCUCAUCCUGACAUGCUUAUAGAUCGUAAAUUGAAGGGUGCCGAGGCUCGCGCUGGCCGAGAACUUUUGCCUUUGUUACAAAUAGAGAACUGGAUAGUUCCUGCAGCAGCGGCCGGACAUAUAGACCGUGUAUUGUGGCUGCGGCCGCCUUGGGCUAAACAAUUCAAAGAUGGCUCUCGCGUCAUAGAAGUCGGCGACCACCCGGUUAACGGCUCCCUGCGCGUUAAUAGCAAAGAACCAUAUUACAUGUCUGAUGCCCUCUACUCUAAUAAACUCGACAACAAACGAACCUUCACCUUAACCGUAGCAGAAGUCCCCGACCCGAACAAUACUGAAGAUGACACCCAUAUGCAAAAACUGGCUAAAGAACUAGCAAUAUCGCACCCUUAUGUUCUCGAUAUCGAUUUAGACUUCUUUAGUACGGGAAAUCCCUUUUUAUCCCUUUAUGAAAAUAUACAGCUGUACGAUCGCUUGGAGCCAAUCUUCGGAUUUAAACUUCCCGAUAGCGACGAUAACGAAACUGUAGAGAAAUUUGUGGGUUUACGUGAAAGGCAAUUGAACGAACUCGAAAAGUUAUUCCAGCACCUUGAAGAUCAUAAUAAUUUGGAAAAUUACGAAGGUGAAAAGACGGAGACUUUUCAGAAAGUUUCAGAUAUCGCCUCGGCAGUGUUAUCGGAAUCUGAGCGGUUGGGCGAGUCACCGAACUGGUGGGCGGUGUACGCGGGCGGAUGCACGCGCGACCAGGGCGGGUUACCGCAUCAUAUUAGCACGGAGGAGGAGGUGCGACACAAAAUGGAUAAGAUUAUCAAGCCGUUGCUGAAAUCUUUGCCGCCGCCUGUGUUGGUGACUGUCGCACGGUCCACUGAUGACGGCUAUUGCCCUCCGGACCAGGUUGAUUACAUCCAAUCACUGGUACUCCAUAUGCUUAAAGAAAUUUAUGAUACUGAUGAACCGGAAUAUUAUUAUUUAAAAGUGAACACCGAAGAUUAAUAACCUGUUUACAUGAUAUAUGUACAAUAAGUACUAUUAAUUAUUCGUUAGUUUUGCUAUCUAAAUAUUUAUUUUUAUGGUUACCAAAUACAGCAUAAACAUUA